CUGGAUAGUUAUUCAUGAAUUUUAUCACGAUCGUGUGGUGUUGAAAUAGUGUUUAAAUUGAAAUUGAAUAAUUUCAGGAAAUUUUUUUUUUUUUUUUAAAAAAGGAAGACAGACAAGUCUAACCUGGAAAGUACGAGAAGCCUCAGGUCCUCGCUACUCCAAAAUUGUCUAUUCCGUCCUCUUACCUUUUUAAAUUCCCACGCAAAGUCCCCCGCCUUCUCUUCAAGAUUUUGUAGUACGCAAAAUCACGAACUCCGGUAUUGGCCUGCGAAAUUCUCUCCUCUACCAAUUCUACAGUGUACAGAUUACCUACUAACUACUAUAUAGAUUGAAUUAAUUGAUAAUGGCGUCUACGGCGUCGAUUGCGUACGUCCAAUUCCAUGUUCCGGCGUCCAACUCUGUUAGUAAAGCUUCCUUGUUCUCACAGCCGUCGCCGUCGACGGCUAGCUUCUCUGCUAGAGCAAAAACUCUCCGAAGUUUAAGUUCUUCUCUCAAGUUUAGCCGGAAAGAUGCAAUUUUUAGGAGAAGGCAGGACAAAUCCAGUAGGAAUUCCCGGUCAUUUGUCGUCCGGUGCGAAGGCUCUGGUGAUGGAACGGUAAGGAUUAAAGCAACUGAGUUUUCGUUAGGCAAAAGAUAACGUGGGAGGGAUAAUUGACUGAAUUUUGUGUUAUCUUGAAUGAGUGGCAGAUAAUGCAGCAGGAUUUCACUGAGAUGGCAUGGCAAGCAAUUCUGUCGUCGCCGGAAGUGGCGAAGGAAAAUAAACAUCAGAUUAUUCAGACGGAGCACUUGAUGAAGGCACUUCUGGAGCAGAAAGAUGGGCUAGCUCGCCGCAUAUUCUCCAAAGUUGGUGUGGACAACACUAGCCUUCUAGCAGCUACUGAUAAGUUUAUUCAGAGGCAACCAAAGAUUACCAGUGGGGGUAAACCUGGUUCUAUGAUAGGAGUGGAUCUGGAAGAAUUGAUUCGGCGAGCUAAGGAAUACAAAAAAGAAUAUGGCGAUUCAUAUGUUUCAGUUGAGCAUUUAGUCCUUGGAUUUGUGCAAGAUAAUCGCUUUGGAAAGCAGUUGUUCAAGGACUUCCAAAUCUCCAGAAAAUCAUUAAAAGAAGCUAUAGAAGCCAUAAGGGGACACCAGAGAGUAAUUGAUCAAGAUCCCGAAGGGAAAUACGAAGCCCUAGAAAAGUAUGGAAAAGAUUUAACUGCUAUGGCAAGAGCUGGAAAGCUGGACCCCGUCAUUGGCAGGGACGAUGAAAUUCGAAGAUGCAUUCAGAUUCUUUCUAGGAGAACCAAAAACAAUCCUGUUUUAAUUGGUGAGCCUGGUGUUGGGAAAACCGCGAUAUCCGAAGGGCUUGCCCAGAGGAUUGUUCAAGGAGAUGUACCUCAAGCACUGAUGAACCGACGGUUAAUAUCCCUUGACAUGGGGGCACUUAUAGCUGGGGCCAAGUACCGUGGAGAGUUUGAAGACAGACUUAAAGCUGUGCUCAAGGAAGUUACUGAUUCAGAUGGACAGAUCAUCCUUUUUAUUGAUGAGAUCCAUACUGUUGUUGGAGCAGGUGCCACCAAUGGUGCAAUGGAUGCUGGUAAUCUCUUAAAGCCCAUGCUUGGCCGUGGAGAGUUGCGAUGCAUUGGUGCAACAACUUUGGAUGAAUAUCGUAAAUAUAUUGAGAAAGAUCCAGCAUUAGAGCGCCGGUUUCAGCAAGUUUAUGUUGACCAACCAACAGUGGAAGACACAAUCUCCAUUCUCCGUGGACUGAGGGAAAGAUAUGAGUUGCAUCAUGGAGUACGUAUUUCAGACAGUGCACUGGUGGAAGCUGCUAUGCUUUCUGAUCGAUAUAUCAGUGGACGCUUCCUACCUGACAAAGCUAUUGACCUAGUUGAUGAAGCUGCUGCAAAAUUGAAAAUGGAGAUCACUUCAAAGCCUACGGCUCUUGAUGAGAUCAAUCGUGCAGUUCUGAAGCUUGAGAUGGAGAGACUUUCUCUUACUAAUGACACAGAUAAAGCAUCAAAAGAGAGAUUGAACCGCCUUGAGGCGGAGUUGUCUCUGUUGAAGGCCCAGCAAGCUGAACUGAAUGAGCAGUGGGAGCGCGAGAAAUCUAUAAUGACACGUAUACAGUCAAUCAAAGAAGAGAUUGACCGGGUAAAUCUUGAGAUUCAGCAGGCUGAACGGGAAUAUGAUCUUAAUCUUGCAGCUGAACUCAAGUAUGGGAGCUUGAAUUCUUUGCAACGUCAACUUGGAGAUACGGAAAAAGAACUUGAUGAGUAUAUGAAGUCAGGAAAGUCCUUGCUGAGAGAGGAAGUGACAGGGGACGAUAUCGCAGAGAUUGUCAGUAAAUGGACUGGGAUACCUUUGUCCAAGCUAAAGCAAUCCGAGAGGGAGAAGCUAUUGCAUUUGGAGGAGGAGCUUCACAAAAGAGUUGUUGGUCAAGAUCCUGCAGUUAAGUCUGUAGCAGAGGCCAUCCAGAGGUCUCGUGCUGGCCUCUCAGAUCCCAAUCGGCCGAUUGCAAGUUUCAUGUUCAUGGGUCCCACAGGUGUUGGAAAAACAGAACUAGCAAAGGCCUUGGCCGCCUAUAUGUUUAACACUGAGGAAGCACUUGUAAGGAUCGAUAUGAGUGAGUACAUGGAGAAGCAUACAGUUUCAAGGUUGAUAGGAGCCCCACCUGGUUAUGUAGGAUAUGAAGAAGGAGGGCAGUUGACAGAGACCGUUCGGAGAAGGCCGUAUGCAGUUAUCUUGUUUGAUGAGAUCGAAAAGGCUCAUUCUGAUGUAUUCAAUGUGUUCCUUCAAAUCUUGGAUGAUGGUCGAGUGACUGACUCUCAGGGCCGCACCGUCAGUUUUACCAACACUGUCAUCAUCAUGACUUCAAAUGUGGGGUCGCAGUAUAUACUUGAUACAGAUAAUGACAACUUGCCAAAGGAAUUAGCCUAUUCAACUAUAAAGAAUAGAGUAAUGGAGGCCGCAAGAGCUGUUUUCCGCCCUGAGUUCAUGAAUCGGAUUGAUGAAUACAUUGUCUUCAAGCCACUUGACCGCAGCGAAAUCAACUCCAUUGUUAGAUUACAGCUGCAACGUGUGGAGAAGCGUCUUGCGGAUCGUAAAAUGAAAAUCCAAGUGAGCGAUGCAGCGAUCGAGCUUCUGGGCACUCUGGGAUACGAUCCAAACUACGGAGCUAGGCCAGUGAAGCGAGUGAUACAGCAAUACGUAGAAAACGAGCUAGCGAAAGAAAUCCUGAGGGGGGACAUUAAGGAUGAAGAUACAGUCUCAAUAGACACAGAAGUGAGUGCAUUUGCUAAUGGCCAGCUCCCUCAGCAAAAGCUAGUGUUCAGGAAAUUAGAAUCGGCUUCAGAAACUGCUGCAGAAAACAAAGAGAGCUUCUCGGAGGCAUUAUGAUUAAGCUUUCCACAAAUGGGUGCACUGCAUACAGAUAUUUUGGAUUGUGCUAUCUAGAAAGGCUUUUUUCAGAAGAAGAGAAAUAAGUUGUGUGACUAAGUGUCUUGUAUACAUAUUUUAUUAUAUAUGUAAGCCACAAAAUCAACUUUGUACACAGCAAUUAGUAGAGGAAUACAAAAGCGAUUAUAAAUUGGCU